UAUUCGGCUCGCCUCUCGCGCGUGCAUUAUUCCCUCAUGUUCACUUGUCCUUGUUCAUUUCCUGCAAAAGACGAGCUACAUCCAUUCUCAAGCAGGUUUGGGGCGGGCUGGCGUUGAAUGUCCCAACCAAUCAAAGACGAUUUUGACGAACAGUACACAGUUUGCUUUUGCCAGCUCUUCUCUCCACUUCAGCUUAUGGCCUGGCCUUCAGUCGAAACCAGUCAACCGAGGACGUUUCGAACGAUAGAGCGACAGACUAAAUUUUGUCUCUCGCCCGCCAAAAUGCCAAAGUUUCGCUACGCUUUGUUUGUCACGGCCCUGGCUGCUGCCCUAGUGAUUGGUACCGCAUGCUUCGCCAGAGUAGUAUCGGCUGAUAAUGGGAUGGUGGUGAACGAGCAGAACUUGAAAGGCACUACGCUUCAGAUGGCGGACGGAGUCAGGAAUCUGCUAGAACACUUCCAUGAACAGCAUGAAAGUUUCGAAACUGGAUCUGCAUCGCACAGAGAGUUGGGAAGUGUCCUGCAGUUGCCAAUGUACUACCUGGAGGAGCUAAUGGCACAUCUGGAGCGUUUCAUUGCAAGUGGCGCUUUGCAAGUGCCAUUUCAGCAGACACAAGAGAUUCCACCAGCGGCGUCAUCUCCUCAGGCGGCAGAUGUGUCGCCCUCAGUCGCUGAGAAGAAGCGGACACGCGGCGGAAACUCUGAGGUCCGAGUCUUUAUGAAUGUUCCACCACUAACAAUGCUGCAGAAGAUCUGUCAUGGGUACAGGAGUAUCUGCACUGCCGAAUUCGAGGACUCUCUAUUUCAGGCAAUAUCCGCUUCUGCAAAUGAUCCAAGCUUUACAAAGGAUCGCCUGAAGCUGGCAGGCAUUUCUGCGAGGAACGCUGGUGUUGAGCAAAUUGUGAUCAUAACAGAUGAUGGCAAUCUCCGGCUCGCUGAGCUCGCAAAGCAGGCAAUACUCGAUAUUGCGAAGUGUCGUACUGAUCCAUCAUUGCCGAUAUGUCAGACUGCUACAGGAAACCAUCUUUCAUUCCACGAAAUCAUCCCGAAAGUAACAAGUAUUCGCGCAGUACGAUGACAAAUUUUCCCACUGAUGUAUGUAUUUCAUGUUGGACGUAGCAUUUUUUGUCAGUAAACCCGAGAAAAGCCUGCUGACUUUCUGGUAACAACGGGCACGGUCUUCUACGGGCAGAUGUCAACGUUUGUUUCUUUUUUCGAGGUCUUGAGGACGUGAGGCUGCCGGUGCCUCGUCCUCUGCUUUGUCAUCGUUAGAACCACUGGCGAUGUGCAUGUUCUUGUUCAGUGGAGCGAUGUCAUUUUAGAAGCAUUGGGAAUUUGAUGCUUGGCUAAGCAGACAACAAUGGAUCCCUUGCAGGUCCGCUCCAGAAACAGGGUCCUCGUCAGGCUGCGUGAUCAGCCACCUCUGUCUCUCUGGCUUGGAAGUCGAAAGAGACCUUCAUUCGCAUACUGAACGGUGUCCGCAAGGGUCA